GGAUCUCAAUUUCUUGUCUCUGACAUGUAAGCAUGGCUGCUCUUUGUCCUCCUCCUUCUCCGGCCGUGGCCAAGACUCUAAUAAACAUUGAUGGCUACUCACCACUGCUAGCUGCUACGUUUGCCUACUGGGACAAUAUCCUUGGACCUCGAGUGAGGCACAUCUGGGCACCCAAGACGGAUGAGGUUGUGUUGAGCGAUGGAGAGGUUACUUUUCUGGCUAAUCACACACUCAAUGGAGAGAUUUUGCGUAAUGCAGAGAGUGGAGCCAUUGAUGUCAAGUUUUUUGUCCUGGCAGAGAAGGGAGUGAUCAUUGUGUCACUCAUAUUUGAUGGAAACUGGAAUGGUGACCGCAGCACAUAUGGACUUUCCAUAAUCCUGCCACAAACUGAAUUGUGCUUUUACCUGCCCUUGCAUAAGGUCUGCGUAGGUCGUCUCACCCACAUCAUCAGAAAAGGCCGGAUAUGGAUGCACAAAGGCCAGAGCAUAAUUCCCAUGCUAACUGGGGAAGUUAUCCCUAUAAUGGAACUUCUUUCAUCCAUGAAGUCACACGGUGUUCCUGAGGAUAUAGAUAUUACUUCCACCAUGCUUAAUGAUGAUGACAUUGGUGACAGCUGCCAUGAAGGUUUUCUCAGCAAUGCUAUCAGCUCACAUUUACAGACCUGUGGGUGUUCUGUGGUGGUGGGAAGCAGUGCUGAGAAGGUCAACAAGAUGGUGAGGACACUGUGUCUCUUUCUGUCUCCUGCAGAAAGAAAAUGCUCCAGACUCUGUAGAUCUGAAUCUUCUUUUAAGUAUGAACCUGGACUUUUUGUCCAAGGGCUUCUGAAGGAUUCCACAGGAAGCUUUGUGUUACCAUUCCGUCAGGUCAUGUAUGCCCCUUAUCCUGCCACUCAUGUAGAUGUGGAUGUAAACACCGUGAAGCAGAUGCCCCCAUGUCAUGAGCACACAUACAACCAGCGGAGGUACAUGAGGGCAGAGCUGGCAGCUCUGUGGAAGGCCACUUCUGAUGAGGACAUGGCAGGAGAUUCCAUUAUACACACAGAUGAGAACUUCACUCCUAAUCUAAAUGUUUUUCAGGAUAUUCUCCAUAGAGACACAUUUGUAAAGACAUUUCUGGAACAGGUCUUCCAGCUGAAACCUAACUUACCCUUAAGAAGCACAUUCUUGGCGCAGUUUCUCCUUGUACUUCACAGGAAGGCUUUGACCCUGAUUAAAUAUAUUGAAGAUGACACACAAAAGGGAAAGAAACCGUUUAAAUCUAUCCGUAGCUUGAAAACCGACCUGGACCUGACAGUAGAGGGCGAUCUAAACAUUAUAAUGGCAUUGGCUGAAAAGAUUAAACCUGGACUUCACUCAUUCAUGUUUGGAAGAUCUUUGCAUACCAGCAUACAAGAGAGGGAUGUACUGAUGACAUUUUAAUUAAAUAAGUGGUGUACUUGGUAUAAUUGCUUUAAUGCAUCAGAUCCACUAUAUCCUUCAAAGUUAAAAAUGAUGUGAAGAGAAACAGACCGUGCCAUGGACAGUAACAGCCUACCUUCAGUACUGAAGAGGUCUCUGUUGAAGGGUGGACUUAGCACUGAAAUCACUUUGCAUGUCAUUGUGUCAUUGUAUACUGUACUGUAUUGCCAUUGCAGUGACUUCCCAAUGAUGUAUUUAGUACAUGUAUGCACGGCAGGUAGCUGUGGCUCCUAAAAUGUUACUGCUUAUAUUGGUCUCUGGAAACAUGCAGAAGUGUCCAUUCCAGAGUUUAAAAUCUCAUAUGUAAUGUAAGUGACAUGAUCUAUUAGUAAAACACCCAUUAUACCAAAUAAA